GGCAGUCCCGGAGGCGACCUGGAGGAAGUGAGCAGCCGCCCCCACCACCCAGCCCCGCCACCAGGGAACCCGGAACCUGCCUGUCUGUGUCAGGAGCCUGGGCCAGCCUCUCAGCCACCAAGGCCUCCAUCUCCCUGUGUGGGGAAGCAGCCAGAGCGGGUGACCGAGAAGAUGGAGGCAGAGUUGUGCCAGGGCCUGCAGCAGCUCCCCCAGGAGGUGCGGCCCCUCGUGGAGGGGAGGCUUCCGCAAGGGGAAAAGAAGAAAUACCUGCCCCCCACAGCACGGAAGGAGCCCCGGUUUGAAGAGCUGCAAAAGGUGCUGAUGGAAUGGAUCAAUGGCACGCUCCUGCACGAGCAUGUCGUGGCCCGCAGCCUGGAGGAGGACUUGUUCGAUGGCCUCAUCUUGCACCACCUCUUCCAGAAGCUGGCAGCACACAGGCUGGAGGUGGAGGAGAUGGCUUUGACCUCCACGAGCCAGCGGCGCAAGCUGGCUGUGGUGUUGGACGCCGUGAACCGCAGCCUGCAGGUGGAGGAGCAGCAGGUGCCGUGGAGCGUGGAGGCCAUCUUCAACAAGGACCUGCUGGCCACCUUGCACCUGCUCGUGGCCCUGGCCAAGCAUUUCCAGCCUGACCUGCCCCUCCCAGCCGACGUGCAGGUGGAAGUCAUCAUCAUUGAGAGCACCAAGAGUGGCCUGAAGUCGGAGAAGGUGGUGGAGCAGCUCACGGAGCCCCGCGCAGACGGGAAUGAGCCUGCUGGGGACGCCUUUCAUGAAUUAUUCAAGCUGGCGCCUGAGAAAGUGAAGGCUGUGAGCGAGGCCAUCCUAACCUUUGUCAACCAGAAGCUGGAGAAACUGGGCCUGUCUGUGCAGAACCUGGACUCCCAGUUUGCAGAUGGAGUCAUCUUACUCUUGUUAAUUGGACAACUGGAAGGCUUCUUCCUGCACUUGAAGGAAUUCUACCUCACCCCCAGCUCUCCUGCGGAAAUGCUACAUAAUGUCACACUGGCCCUGGAGUUGCUGAAGGACCACGGCCUCCUCUACCACCCUAUUAACCCGGAAGCAUCAAGCUUCCCGCCGCUGCCUACCUUCACCCUCUGACUUCCCUGAGGGAAAAGACAUGAGUGUGGGGCCCUGGAACUCCCGGACCUAGGGCAGUGAAAGGCUGGGCACAAAAUACUCGCCCUCCAGGCAGGGGCAAGACCCCCGGGUCUCUGGCAGGACCAGGACUGACAGUGCAAGUGUGGAUCCUAACACACUUGGCAGAAGGUCCCCAGAGCUGCCAUGUGUGUAAGAAUAAAACUGCAUGGGAGAGACGGUAGCACCAGGCAGGCACCCACAAUGUGCUGCUGCCAGCUGGGCUGCCGGCAGAUGCUUCGCCAAGUCCUCCUUGGCACUCGCGACUUGGAAUCCUGCCGGAACCACGGGUGGGAGGAGGCCUCGCAGGGCCCCAGCCUGUGCAGCUGCAGGUCUGCCCCACCAGGGCAGCUGAGCGGGCAUGCUGGCUCCUGGGGGGUGGCCAGGGAGCAGAAGCUGAGAGUGGGCAGUCGGGAGGCCCCAUCGGAGGGCUGCUCGGCCUGUGCCCACAUUCACCAGGCACUUCUGCUGCAGGCCAUGGGUCUUGGGUGAGUGGGAUGAAGGCGACAGUGGGCCCAGCAGGCGUCUGUGUGUUCACCAUCCUGAGGCCAGCAUCGGUGUCAGCAGGAGCCACGUCCAGUUGCC